AUGAGGACAGUGCCUGCUGGCCCAAGUGGGGAAGGGAUAUAGAGCCCAUGGCAGUGGCGUCAGCCACACCUGGCACCAUGGACGAUGCCGCAGUCCUAAAGAUGAAAGGCUACAUGAUGGGCAGCACUCUCGGUGAGGGCUCAUAUGCAAAAGUCAAAUCUGCCUACUCUGAGCGCCUCAAGCUCAACAUGGCGGUCAAGAUCAUCGACCGCAGGAAAGCCCCCACUGACUUCUUGGGGAAAUUCCUUCCCCGGGAAAUCGAGAUUCUGCCCAGGCUGAACCACCGCUUCAUCGUCAAGACUUACGAGAUCUUUGAAACAUCAGAUGGCAGGGUCUACAUCGUCAUGGAGCUCGCGGUCCAGGGUGACCUCCUCCAGUUUAUCAAAACCCGGGGAGCCCUGCCCCAGGACGAUGCUCGCGACAAGUUCCACCAGCUCUCCUCAGCCAUCAAGUAUUGCCAUGACCUGAACAUCGUCCACCGAGAUCUCAAGUUGGAGAACGUCCUCCUCGACGAGAGCUUCAACAUCAAGCUCUCGGACUUCGGCUUUUCCAAGCGCUGCCUGAGGGAUGGCAGUGGGCGGCUGACCCUGAGCAAGACCUUCUGCGGGUCAGCGGCUUACGCAGCACCUGAGGUGCUGGAGGCCGUCCCCUACCAGCCCAAGGUGUGCGACAUCUGGAGCCUGGGCGUGAUCCUCUACAUCAUGGUCUGUGGCGCCAUGCCUUAUGACGCCUCCAACAUCAAGAGGAUGCUGCGCCUCCAGAAGGAGCACCGUGUCCACUUCCCCCGCUCCAGUCACCUGACGGGCGAGUGCAAAGACCUCCUUUACCGCAUGCUCCAGCCGGAUGUCCGCCAGCGGCUGAACAUCGAUGAGGUCCUCGGCCACUUGUGGCUGCAGCCCAAGGCACAGGACCCGGCCCCUGGACCCAUCACCAAUGAAGGGGAGAGCUCCCGGGGUGCUGAGCCCUCGUGGGCCCCUGAGACCGCUGAGAGGUCCGUCACCAAGAUGGAGACCCGGGAGGAGGCCCAUCCUGUGAGGCGGUCGGAGGCAAAACUUGACCAGACAUCACAAGGGCCGGGGUCAAGGCAGAAUGGUCCCACGGGAUCGUCCCUGCCAGGCGAGCUGCCUAACAGGGAGACAGAGGAGGGGCUCCCUCACAGCCGCCAGGGCCACACGCCUAGGGAGCCUCUCUCGGAACAGGGGGCUGGCUAGGAAUGACGCAGAGCUCAUAGCUUGAGCCUGAGCUCCAAAGGAGCCAAGGCCAAAGACGGAAAACUGUCCUGGGUGAGCCCCCAUUUCCGUCAAUUUCUUCUCCCUCCCUUUGAACUUGGCAAACCACAUGGCUAAAGAAGUAAUAAAGCACCAUAUUUAGUGCAGAAAAAAA